CCUCACUUAUUCCGCUUCUAGCUAGAUCGAUCUCAUAUUCUCAUACAAUUCAAACUCCGGCCAUAUAAAUAUCUCCUCCUCGUAAACUCUCAAACACCAUAAGAAACAACAUAAAUCCUGCCUUAAUUAAUUACACAUUGAUCACGAAACAGAGAUAUAAUAAGUAUAAUCGAUUAUAAAUAUAUUACCAAAUACGGGUGAUUAGAUAACAAUGGAGAGUAUAGUGAAGGAGGCGUCACAAAAGGCGGUGGUGAUUUUCACCAAGAGUUCAUGUUGCUUGUGCCAUGCAAUCACGCGCCUCUUCCACGAGCAAGGGGUUAGCCCUUUCGUCUACGAGCUCGACCAGGACGGCGUUAACGGGCCCGAAAUGGAGCGGGCCCUCGAGCGCUUCGGGUGCGAACCCGCCGUCCCGGCUGUCUUCGUUGGCGGGAAGUUCGCCGGUUCGGCCAACACCGUCAUGGCUCUUCAUAUCAAUGGCUCGCUCAAGAAGAUGCUCAAGGACGCCGGCGCUCUCUGGCUCUAACUCGGCUCAGCUAGCCAGCCGGCGCGCGCGGCUUGUAUGUACUUAUAUAUGCUGUUCCCCUUUCCUGCCUAAUUUAAUGACGACAACCGACUUAUUAAUUAACAAAUGUUAGUUAAUUAAUGAUAAACGUGUUGCUAAUCUAACGUCAUAUAUGUAUGUGCUAUAUAUUUAGUCGAGUUUACUUGAGAAUUGAGAUCAAUCACUUCUGUGUCUAAUCU